GUCGUUGAUGGCGCAAAUGCGAGACAUGCGGAGAAGUCUGGAGCACAAUCUUGAGGUGGCUGAAGGCCAAAUCACCAAGCAGAAGCAAUCGCUUGAAGUAGCCAAUGCCAAGCUACGUGUGGUGGAGCAGAGAACCAUCCGACAGACCAGCGAGAUCAAAUUCCUGAACCACUUGGUUGAGAAACACGGUUUGGCUGAGGAAUUGCCACCCUUGCGACAAGAGCUCCUUGACCUUUCCAAAUGCGAAGACAAGACCUCUGACCACGUGGAAGAGUUGCAUGAGACCCUGCACUCCAACUUGGCUCGGGUGGAGGAGGAGCUGAAGAAGCUGGACGCUGGUGCGAAAGAGAGUGCACGUUUGGAGUCGAUGAGCAUCUCCUAUCAGGUGGAUGACUUGAGACGAGACUAUGGACACUUCAGCUCCUGGGCCCGUCCUUUGCUGGAAGAGUUUCUGCCACUACCAGCUGAAGUCAGAGAUUUCCACAGGGAUGUUGAAGACUUGAGGACUCGACAGGACCGCUGUGAAGAUGACGUCAACAAGAUCCAACGGUUGGGCCGGAUUCUGGACGACAAGGUGGAGGUAUUCGAUGAUCUUCAGAGACGCAUGGAAGAGCUCAAUGCCAAUGCCAGGAGAGUCCUUGGCUCGCAGUUUGCCACCUCGGUGCGGUGCUUGUGCUGCAAAGACGAUGAGGCAUUGGCCUUGGUGUCGAGACAGAGGUCCACAUCACCGCCGAGGAUGGCUCCAGCGGUUGUGGUGAACAAUCAGUUUGAGACCGAGGCAGCUGCACCCAAGAGACGCCGACCGCAAUCCGCGACAGCUCGGUUGGAGCAAAAACGUUCAGAGGAAAAGCCAAAGUCGGCGGAGAAUCAGAAGCAUCAGAUGGUAUUUACCGUGCCUAGGGUGCGGACGGACUUCAAGCAAGGCCCAGUUGUUGGCAUUCGCGGCGUCUCCAUCUUUAAGCCUGGCAAGGCUCCACAGAGCUCGGCUGCGCCUAGAAGGAGACCUCAGAGCGCCCGGGCAUGCUUGCAGUCAAGCCCGCAGACGGAUAUGGAUCCCUCACCUCCUUCACCUUGAGGGCGCUUUCUCACUAGCUCAACUAUGCUCACCUAGCUAGAGGCGAAGGAAAACCCUUUGCCGUCUCUGGUUUCAGUAGAUGCUUUGGGUCCAUCCCAGCACAUUGUGCAAAGGCACAAUCAGUUUCACAUUGCCGAUCUCAGGUGCCUCCAGCCCACGCCAUG